AGAAGAAGAAGAAGAAGAAGAAGACACACGCGCCCCCCGCUGGCACCACAGAAGAAGAACUCCCGGAAGUGCCACUGUCUGUGCCUGACGGACUAAUAGGAGUGAUUCUUCCACCAUGGUGCUUCGGGAGCUUCCAGCAGACAACAUGACUCGUCCUCUGGGCAGGAACGAGGUGCUCGGCCUGCUGUUCCGUCUCACCGUGUUCGGCGCCGUCACCUACUUCACCAUCAAGUGGAUGGUGGACGCCAUCGACCCCACCAGGAAGCAGAAGCUGGAGGCGCAGAAACAGGCUGAGAAGUUGAUGCGUCAGAUUGGUGUUAAAAACGUGAAGCUGUCAGAGUACGAGAUGAGUAUCGCUGCUCACCUGGUCGACCCGCUGACCAUGCAGAUCACCUGGAGGGACAUCGCAGGUCUGGAUGAGGUCAUCACUGAGCUGAAGGAGACGGUCAUCUUACCCGUCCAGAAGAGACACCUGUUCCAGGGAUCCAGACUGCUGCAGCCUCCCAAAGGUGUGCUGCUGUAUGGGCCGCCGGGCUGCGGUAAAACGCUGAUCGCCAAGGCGACGGCCAAAGAGGCGGGGUUUCGCUUCAUCAACCUGCAGCCGAGCACGCUGACCGACAAGUGGUACGGAGAGUCUCAGAAGCUCGCCGCCGCCGUGUUCUCAUUGGCUGUUAAACUGCAGCCGUCAAUCAUCUUCAUCGACGAGAUUGACUCGUUCCUGAGGAGUCGCUCCAGCUCGGACCACGAGGCCACGGCCAUGAUGAAGGCUCAGUUCAUGAGUCUGUGGGACGGACUGGACACGGACGUCCACUGCCAGGUGAUCAUUAUGGGAGCCACCAAUCGUCCCCAGGAUCUGGACUCUGCUAUUCUGAGGAGGAUGCCGACCAGGUUCCACAUCAACCAGCCGAGUGUGCAGCAGCGAGAGCAGAUCCUCAAACUCAUCCUGGAGAACGAGAGCGUCGAUUUGUCGGUUGACCUCGUCGAUGUCGCCAAGGAAACGGAGGGAUUCUCAGGAAGUGACCUCAGGGAGAUGUGCCGCGACGCUGCGUUGCUGUGUGUCCGAGACUUCGUCCACACUCAGAAUGACAGUGUUUCAGAGGAUUUCAUUCGUCCGAUCCAUCAGUCCGAUCUGCAGAAGGCGAUCAGUAAGAUGAAGAAAUCUAAAACGGCGGGCGGACACGGCGCCCUGCUGCACGCCGCUCUGGACUGAACACACACAGAUCACAUGAUCACAUGGUGACCUCAGCCUGCGGUUGCGGGUUCAGUUCCCGCCCGUUCAUCAGCACAGUGUGUAAAUACUGACCUGCUGUUUCCACGUUUCAUGUUCCACAUGUUUCAUGUUCCACAUGUUUCAUG